CCACUUGCAUCACGCCCAGGAUUUAAUCAAAUUGAUCUCUUAUAUGCUCCACCAAUCCUUCACUGGCACCGCAUGAGAAGUGGCUCCGUCACAUCCCCCCACAAUUCCCUUCUUCUUAGGAGAUCGCAUUGUUUUCAUAUCUCGAGGCGCACUCUCUACGACCAUCUCACGAUAAUUGUAGCAACUUGAAAAGUGGGAAAAGGAGCCUCUGGAGUCCGAGCAAUUGAUCCAAACACGAGACGGUUGGACACAGUGUCUCUGUUCAUAAGUUUGACACGGCAAAAUGAUGUGGUCACCACUUCCCGUGUACCAGGUCCACAAGGGGGCCCGGCGGAAAGCUGCAAAGGCCGUGGCCUCAUCAACUCCAGACAGCCCGCCGUCUUCAACAACGUCUUCGAGCCACCGUGGACUGGCGAGCAUAACCGACUUACUUGAGCCUGCAGUCGACGGACCGCCUUCGCCAGAAAGAAUACGAGCACUGGUCAGCAAGCAGUUGAUGCGUGACCGUCACCAGAGUCAGCAAACUACGUCCUCGGGUUCUUCGUCACUAGUUUCUGCUGCGUCAGAUGGUUUUAGGCCAUCCUGGGAACACGGGCUGGAAACUUUGACAUUAUCGCGGAGGUCUUCCCAACGAUCUACCUCAAGCAGCAUGCCGUCUCGUGAACGGCCUGAAAGCGUUCAGAUAUUUGGCAAGACACUCUUCAACCGCAAAGGCAAAUUGCGGAGGGACAGCAGCGACCAUAGCUCCUCCACCAGCUCCUCCAUGUACGCGGCCGAAGCGCCGGGAGAAGCGCGGGAACCGUCCUUGAAAAGCGCCAUGUUUGCCCGACGAAAGUCGUCCAGGGCGGAGGAGGAGCCCCCGGCGCAAAAGAAAUUGCAGAUAUCGGGCCCUUACAACUUCCAGCAUCUAACGCAUACGCCGAAAGAGAACAUGGCUCAUUCCGAAAGGCCCAGCCACCCACUACCAAAACCGAGGAACAACUCUUACCAGGGCUUUCCAGCUGAUCACCUGCACUUUUCCAAUUUCUCUUCCGAGGCCCUUCCCGUCAUGCAACAAGACCCAUCCGCCGGUCUAUACGCCGACCGAAAUGUCGAGCCGCAAUCACGGGGCAACCUCAGCUGGGGACAACCAUGGCAAAACGGGCCAUUGCCGAAGCGUUUAGUCAAGCGCGCCCAAUCUCAGGAACAAAUCCGCGCCCCUCCGCCGCGUCCACCGAGAUCCCCGACCGAGCACGAUUUCACAUCGCCGAUACCACCACCGCCUAGGAUGUCAAGUCGCAUAUACACGCGGAAUGAUGGUCAAGUUGAUCCAACUGCGAACGUGGCGCCUUUGAAUCUCCCCAUCUCCCCAAAAUCGUCGGUAAUCCCCGUGGUCCCAGCGAUACCUGAUAUCCCACAGUCGCCUGCCUCCUUCCACGGCUCUGAUCCCGACGUGGCCGGCAGUAAUUGUAGGUUUUCCCACGCCAUCACGACCCCAGACGAUGUCGCAUGGCCUUUACCAGUAAAUGCUGUGAACCCUCUGCCCGAUGUUCCAGAAGAGGAUGAGAACCGGGUUUUGUCUCGAGGAUCUCACCUAAGCGUGGCUAGCAACAGCUCGUCCCUGAGGGGGAGCGUUUCGGUUCCCCUGCUUCGUCAAAUACCACAAACGCAUACAACUAGCCAACGACCUCCCAGCAAUGCGUCUGAGACGCUGGGCAGGUUCGAUCUGUUUGCCGCCCAACGAGCGCUCCGUGUCGGUGCGGAGGACGGUAGCGUGUGCGAUGACUUUGGCUGCGAGAGCUGGGAAGACGACAUUGACUAUUGCUAUGACCACGCUGCUGAAGCCGACUGCGACUUUGCGUGGGAGCGACCCUCGCUCGACAUGAUGCGCGAGGAGCAAUAUGAAGGUGUCGCAGUCAUGGACGAGGGAAGCAUAAGCCCGACCACGCGUGUCAAGUUUCCCGUCAUGCUUUCUCCCCCGAGCCAGUUUGACCUUCCAGCCCUGAGCCCCGCAAGUCAGACGUCCAACACCAGUCCGCACGAGGCCAUCACUCCAACCAUAUUAGCGACCCCUCCCGUCACUUCCAACUUUUCUCUUCCACGGCGCGAUAGUUCAACAUUGUUACUCCGCAGCCACGCUCGCAAUCUCUCGCAAGCUUCCAGUUUUAAGGAGUCCCACGGCUUCAGUCUCUCUCCUUCGCUGUUGAUCCCGAACGACUUCCACCAGCAGAUGCUUGUGGACGAGAAGGAUGAAUUCCGUGAGGAGGACGAGGACGAGUAUAUGUCGCAUGCCUCGCCUGCGCUAUCCCAGGCCCGUUCCAGCGCGUCGACGACGGACUCGGCACUUUCCGAGCGCUCAGGCUUUUCAAGCCGACACAAAUCUACGACAUCCAUAUCUACCGCUAUCACGCGGUGGACUGGCAGUAGCACCUCUGCCGGUAUCGAGGGUUGGCAGGUACAUGGAGAGACCUGCCAGCCGGUCACGGUCGAAGAGACCGAGCACCUCAAUCGAUUCGAGAAGGGGACCAUGAGCCCUCUUCCCGAAAUAGAUGAGAGUUCGAAGCGGGAGCACGGCCGCGAGAGACAUACCAGGGCUCAGUCUCACGCAGAUAUCCUCUCAGGCAAGUUGAGCCUCGACACCGCCUCACCCGACAACUUGCAGCCCGUCCAGCCUCCAGUUAAGAGUCGCCGACGAGCUAAGACCACGAGCAGGAGCCAUCCUACUCCUGUUCAGCUAGGUUUAUUCCCCUCGCUGCAUACAAACCAUGCGUAACCACCAAUUUCCUAUGUCUGGUCAUGACGCGCUGGAUUACCAGCGCAUAGAUCACCCUCCGAUAAUAUUCUGUCACGCAGCCCGAAAUUUCUUUUUUGUUGAUGGCCGUCACCUUUAGUGGACGAGGGUUUAUAGAUCUUUUAUCUGGGGACUCUGAUUUCACC